AAAAAAAGUAAGAUAGGUUUCACACGCAAAGUGUCAAGGCAGGAAGCAAUUAUUGCAUAAAGGUCCAGCAGCAUUAACUAUCAGCCUUGUGAUGGACAAAAGAAAGUCCAAGAGAUAGAUGUCAUCAUCACUUACAAAUUCCAGUGACAGCUUUGUUGCAGAGGACCAUUGAGACUUACUGUCUGUCCCCUGCCACUGAUUUGAACGCCAAUCUUUGAGGCCCAUUUUUCUCUUCCGCAUCCAUCCUCACCUAUCCUGCUGUCCCACUCGGGCAGAGUGGAACCCUUUGUGUCCUCUGGCCUCGUGCCCUUCCAUCGGUGGCGCGCUCCGGUGGUGUGGUGGUGUACGAUGGCGCGGUGGGACGCUGUGGGCUGCCGCGGGAGACUGUGAUGUCCGAGCCCAACAGCCCGGGCGAGAGCCGGUGUGGCGCUCCCAGAUUCUUCGUGGGCUGCGAAGACGAUGAGAGCGAGGUCGUGGAGGAUAGCAUAAGAACAGACAUGGAACUGUAUGAGGACGACGAAGACACAGACUCUGUAAGGACUUCCACACAAACUCUUGAUCCACUUGAGCAACAGAUUGUUGUGGGGAUAUGCUGCAUGAUGAAGAAGUCAAAGUCCAAGCCAAUGACCCAGAUCCUGGAGAGGCUAUGCAGGUUUGAGUACAUCACUGUUGUCAUCUUUCCGGAGGACGUCAUCCUCAAUGAGCCCGUGGAAAACUGGCCUCUGUGUGACUGCCUCAUCUCUUUUCACUCCAAAGGAUUUCCGCUGGAUAAAGCUGUGAGCUAUGCCAAACUUAGAAAUCCUCUGCUCAUCAACGACCUCAACAUGCAGUACUACAUACAGGACAGGAGAGAAGUAUAUCGCAUUCUGCAAGAGGAAGGGAUUGAUCUGCCACGCUAUGCUGUGCUGAAUCGUGACCCAGAUAAACCAGAUGAGUGUAACCUGGUGGAAGGAGAGGACCAUGUGGAGGUGAAUGGAGAAAUAUUCCAGAAGCCUUUUGUUGAGAAGCCCGUCUGUGCUGAGGACCACAAUGUCUACAUCUAUUACCCUACUUCUGCCGGUGGUGGAAGCCAACGUCUCUUCAGAAAGAUUGGGAGCAGAAGCAGUGUGUACUCACCAGAGAGCAAUGUGAGGAAGACUGGCUCUUAUAUCUAUGAAGAGUUUAUGCCAACAGAUGGUACAGAUGUCAAGGUCUAUACUGUGGGUCCUGACUAUGCUCAUGCCGAAGCGAGAAAGUCACCUGCGCUGGACGGGAAAGUAGAGCGUGACAGCGAGGGCAAGGAGGUUCGUUACCCUGUCAUGCUGUCAGCCAUGGAGAAACUGGUCGCCCGGAAAGUCUGUUUAGCCUUCAAGCAAACUGUUUGUGGUUUUGACCUUCUUCGAGCCAAUGGGCACUCCUAUGUGUGCGACGUCAACGGUUUCAGUUUUGUGAAGAACUCUAUGAAAUACUACGAUGACUGCGCUAAGAUCCUAGGGAAUAUUGUGAUGCGUGAGCUAGCGCCACAGUUUCAGAUUCCGUGGUCCAUUCCUACUGAAGCAGAGGACAUUCCAAUUGUUCCCACUACUUCAGGGACCAUGAUGGAAUUGCGCUGUGUGAUAGCUGUCAUCCGACAUGGAGACAGAACACCAAAGCAGAAGAUGAAGAUGGAAGUUCGCAACCCCAUGUUUUUUGACCUAUUUGAAAAAUAUGGAGGGUACAAAACUGGGAAAUUAAAACUGAAGAAACCCAAGCAACUGCAGGAGGUGCUGGACAUCACACGGCAGUUGUUAGCAGACCUGGGCCAGCAGAGUGACUGUGAGAUAGAAGAGAAGAAGUCCAAACUUGAGCAGCUAAAAACUGUUCUCGAAAUGUAUGGACACUUCUCUGGGAUCAACAGGAAAGUGCAGCUGACUUACUUGCCCUAUGGGCAGCCCAAAACCUCGAGUGAAGAAGAAGACACACGAAAGGAAGGUCCAUCACUGCUGCUUGUACUGAAGUGGGGAGGAGAGCUUACACCUGCUGGAAGGGUGCAAGCUGAAGAGCUUGGAAGGGCUUUUCGCUGUAUGUACCCUGGAGGACAAGGAGACUAUGCUGGCUUUCCCGGAUGUGGGUUGCUGCGGUUGCAUAGCACCUACAGACAUGACCUUAAGAUAUAUGCAUCUGAUGAAGGCAGAGUGCAGAUGACUGCUGCAGCUUUUGCAAAGGGUUUGCUUGCCUUGGAAGGUGAGCUGACUCCCAUUCUGGUGCAGAUGGUGAAAAGUGCUAACAUGAACGGGCUGUUGGAUAGUGACAGCGACUCGCUCAGUGGCUGUCAGCACAGAGUUAAAGCCAGACUCCAUGAGAUUCUACAAAAGGACAGGGACUUCAUUGAUGAAGACUAUGACAGGCUGGCCCCAACAUGUAGUGCAUCAUUGGUGAAUUCUAUGAAAAUAGUGCAGAACCCAGUGGCCACAUGUGACCAGGUUUACGCCCUCAUUCAAAGCCUUACCGCACAGAUUCGCAAAAGAAUGGAAGAUCCCAAGUCAGCAGACUUACAACUUUACCACAGUGAAACACUAGAGCUGAUGUUGCAGCGCUGGUCCAAACUUGAGAGAGACUUCCGCAUGAAGAAUGGCCGUUAUGACAUCAGUAAAAUACCUGACAUUUACGACUGUGUAAAAUAUGAUGUCAUUCAUAAUUCUACUCUGGGUUUGGAAGACACACUGGAGUUGUUCAGACUUUCUCGUGCUUUGGCUGACAUUGUCAUCCCACAGGAAUAUGGCAUAAAUAAAGCUGAGAAGCUGGACAUUGCAUAUGCCUACUGCCUUCCACUGGUCAGAAAGAUUCAGCUUGACCUUCAGAGGACUCAUGAGGAUGAGUCUGUCAACAAGCUUCACCCUCUAUAUUCCCGCGGAGUCAUGUCGCCUGGACGACAUGUGAGGACACGUCUAUAUUUCACCAGUGAAAGUCACGUCCACUCUCUGCUGAGUAUUUUCCGUUAUGGUGGUUUACUUGAUGAAGAGAAAGACCAGCAGUGGAAUCGUGCUAUGGAUUACCUUUGUGCCGUUUCUGAACUCAACUACAUGACUCAGAUUGUCAUUAUGCUUUAUGAGGACAACAAUAAGGAUCUCGCCUCAGAGGAACGCUUCCAUGUGGAGCUUCACUUUAGUCCAGGGGUUAAAGGUGUUGAGGAAGAAGCGAAUGCACCCACUGGCUUUGGCUUUAGGCCAGCUUCGGCAGAGGUAGCACGACAGAAUGGACAAAACCAGACAGACCCAGGAAGUUUGGAGGACCUCUCACGCGAUGAGACGGACAGAGCUGUACCGCUGUCUGAGCCUAUCACCAUACAGAGGAGAUCACCACUUAUACGAAAUCAUAAAACUGGAUCUAUGGAGGUCCUGUCAGAGACGUCAUCAUCCAAAGUAGGAAGUUAUCGUCUCUUCUCGUUUUGCUCUCGUCAGUCGCCUGAGAUUAAACAAAGUGGGUUAGGCUCUCAAUGUGCCGGGCUGUUCAGCACCACUGUCCUAGGUGGGUCUUCUAGUGCCCCUAACCUGCAGGACUACGCGCGCGCACACCGCAAAAAAUUCUCCACCAGCAGUCUAUCCUACAAAGACGAAUUGUUGUCUAUGCCGGCAGUAAAACGAUUUUCUGUGUCGUUUGCAAAGCAUCCGACUAAUGAGCCAUUGGAGGAGCACCAUGUGGCCCAGUUGUUGAGUCGGUUCUCCUCAGAACUCAGUCUGGGCUGCCACCUCUCUCUCGACGGUGCACUCACCCAUCAUCUCCACCAGUGCUCCUACCACCUCCGCCUCUUCCGAAACUGGCUUAUCUCUGGCCAGGACCCCAUAGAGUACCUUCAUGGCUUUGAAGGAUGCUCCAUGGUGCCCUCCAUCUAUCCUCUGGAAACACUACACAACUCAUUGUCACUCAAACAAGUCAAUGAGUUCCUCACAAGUGUGUGUGAGAGUGCUGGAGAUCCGCAUACAAGGACCUCCAGAGCGCUGUCAGCCAUGUUUGGGGCACACAGCCAUCCAUCAGGAGAUGGUUCGUACAUCCCCCACAAAGCCCUUUCCUCGUCCAUGUCUCUCAGGUCUCGUUCGGACAGACCUCCGUGGUAUAGCAGUGGUCCAUCCAGUACCGUAUCUAGCGCCGGACCAUCUUCUCCGACUACAGCCGACAUCUCCCCACGUUUCAGUUUUAGUGAUAAGAUUUCGCUCACUCCUCAGAGUAGUGAGGAAACCCAUUCCUCUCAAAACCUCCCUUCCCAGUCAGCACCUCCACUGGCAUCGCAGGUUUUUGACCCAAAUUUCUCUGCUGUCUCAACCCUCCCUGAAGUACCACAGACUCCAAAUAACUCACCAGAAGAUGAGAGCGAGCAAUGUCACGGUACUGAUCGUCAAUUUGAUGAUCCCGAACACACACAGGAAGGCCAAGAAACUUGUUUAGCCGCGGACCUUCCCAGUGGUGGCGUUCUCGAUGCUGCUUUGAGGCCACCCUGCUCCCCACUCGCCGAGCUCUCUCUAGGUCGGAUGGAAGGCUUCUGUCUCCCGAGCUCGCUGCCUGUACUGCUGGAGCUCCGAGAGAGCAGCAGUGAGGCGGGUUCCAGCUCCCAGACGCCUAUGUCUCCCGAAGGACACGACGAGUUCUUCGACACCCAGGAGUCGGUGGACUUGUGGAUAAACAAUCCAGAGAGUCUCCCAGAGUCUGAGACACCUUUUGAGGUCAAGGCUGAUCCUCCAGCAGAACCAUGAUGCAGAUGGACAAGAAACUACCAGGCGUUAGUGGGUACUGAACAGAAUACUGGCUCUCUCCUCUGUCCCGUGACUCUGUUAUCUUGCCAAUGCUGUUUGUUACCCGUAUAAAUAUGCUGACAUGAGCCUAAUCUAACAAACUACUUGUCCAGUCCAUCAGACGUAACCUUUAAAAGGCAAGUCAACCCCUGAAUUUUCUUUGUAAUGUGUUCUGUGCAGCCCACCUCGUCAAAACUGUUCUGAUUAAUAGGAAUUUGUAUUCAUCAGGCAAAAUCCACCUGUUUUUAUCCAUCUCUGGGCAACCAAGUUUUCUGAAGCCGAGCAAUAAUUGGUUGUGACCUGGCAACUGUGAUGUCAUUUUCAGUCGACAGCAAGCGGCAGCCCCUGAGAUGGAUUAUAAACAGAUAAUUAUUGUAAAGAAUUUGUGGAUUGACUUUCCCUUUAACAAUGCUGUUCUCUAAGGACAGAGAUCUCAAUGUUCCCCUUCGCGUUUCCGUAAAUCACAAGUGUUAACUUGGUGUUUGGAAGGUAGUGUGUUAUAUUUAGUUGUAUGAAAAAAUACUGCUGAUCAUUUUCCAGAUUAUCCUUUAUGAAUCGUUGUUUUUUCGGAUCAGCAAUUUCAGGUAAAUAUAUAAUAUGACAGACAAACUUGGAGAAGGGAAAUGAAUUUGAUUGGAUUUACAGAAAGUGCAAUAUUAGUUCUAAAAAAGGGGGCAGUUGGAAAAAAUUUAGGCAGAAAGAUGACAUCAAUAAUUUGCAGAAAGAACAGCCUUCCUACAGUUUCCAGUGAGGGAGUCUGGUUCGAGGCAAUUUGGAGCAUUCUUUACAAAUCCUGGACAUGAUUUGUAAAGAAUGCUCUAAUUCAGUCCAGUCAUCAAACAAAUUACAUUAACAUUUAUUUGAGUUGAUUUGUCUUCAUUUUCAUUUGUUACAGUACAAUUAAUCCCAGAGGCUAUCGUAAAGGCGGCUAAGAGUAAAUCAAACCUGUUCCUAUUCAUGUUGCAAAUCAUUGUGGUAGCACCUCGCAACAAUCGUCGUUGGCUCCUAAUCAAACGGCCGCUUGAACUGACACUUAUCGCUUGCCCAGAGCUGCAUCGACAGAGUUUGUACUAUGUAUAAAGUGGAGAUGUGUGUAGUGUACUGCUAACUGCCAAAGUCCUUAAUACUUUCAAAGUUUCUUGUUAGAAAAGAAAUAUUUAUUUUGACGAGAGAACAGUAUAUUCAGUAACAGUUGGGCAAAACUGACCCCGUAUUGUGGCAACUUUUCAAAACAAAUACUUUAGUCAAAGGUGAUAUUUUACUUUUGAAGGUGCUUUUAUUGUGGCAAGCACUUAUGUAGCAAGCAUAAUUGUGUUUUGCUUUGUGUUAGAAAGUUAUUCAGGUAUACGAUUAGGCUGAUGUUCCACUUUAAUCUACGAUCCUAUAUGGCGAGAUGGCACAAGUGAGUUGUUGAAACUUUACAAUCAUCUAUUCCGUGUGCACUGGGAAAGUAAUGGCACCAUUGUGUUUAUGCGCUGCUUUUUGCUUCAGUGCAGGUUUCUUUUUGCUUCAUCAAUAAUGUGGAAAUCUUUUAGCGUAAGCGUUCUGACAACUCCCUUGUAUAGAUCAAGACAAAGAAUUAUAUCAAAUUUCAAAAGUAUUUAUGUUCAGGAGGGAAAAUUAUUUCAUUAUAUGAGUGACCUAAUCAUGAAAUAAACAAAUACACUGUUUCCUUGAAACAGAUGUUUUGAUUAAUGA